GAAAGGCGAAUCUUCAAGGCCUUUAGAAAUAAUCAUGUGAUGAAUGAACUGCUUGAUCAUUGUACAGAAAACUGCUCCAAUAUAUAUAUAUAUAAAGAGUAUAUAGUUUUGAAUGCAUUCAUACAGUGUGGUAUAAAGUGAUUGGGAAUGAUGCUGCCUCUUUUUUACACAACACCUAGCAGUCUAAAUGCCAUACUUUGUAUCCUGUCAACUUUAAAUUCGGCCAUCCAUCGGUCCGGACCGGAGAUUGAACCAUCCAAGCCAAAUUGACUUCUGAGCAAAGAUCACAGUGGAGAAAGAGUGGGCAUUUGCUUGAGUAGUAAGUAAGGCAACGAUUAAAUCCCUCCUUUUUCACUCCAUCACAUAUUAUACAAAGAUGAAGUUCUCUGCUGACGUUAGCUCCUCUCGUAGAAAGAGCAGAAAGGCUCACUUCAAUGCUACCUCCGAUGUUCGUCGCACCAUCAUGAGUGCUCCUCUCUCCAAGGAACUCCGUGAAAAGCACAGUGUCCGCUCUAUUCCUGUUCGUAAGGACGACGAAGUCAUGGUUGUCCGUGGUACCUACAAGGGUCGUGAAGGUAAGAUUGUUCAAGUCUACCGUAAGAAGUGGGUUAUCCACAUCGACCGUGUCUCUCGUGAAAAGGUCAACGGUGCCACUGCCCCUAUUGGUAUCUCUCCUUCCAAGGUUGUUGUUACCAAGCUCAAGUUGGACAAGUCUCGUGUUGCCAUCCUUGAACGUAAGGGUAAGAAGGAUGCUAUGAAGCAAUAAAUUCCUUUAACUACUCGUCUUUUUUAACUUUUUUUUUUCAUCUACAUCAAUCCAAUAAAGUUAUGAACGCCUUUUUGAGCAUGAACAUA